AUGAAAUCUGUUUUUACAUUGGCUGUUAUUGCUGCUUGCACAACUAUUUCUGUCACAGCUCAAAGUAGCUUUGCUAGAAGAAUGGAAAUGAAAGUCAAGACUCUUAACAAUUUCAGAUACGGUCCUAAUCUAGCCGGAGUAAGACAUCAUGUGAAGAAUGCAUUUAGAAAUGCUGGUAUUGACCACCCAAUUCUAAGAGCUGAGAGUGAUGAAGUCCCAGAAGAAAUCUACCUUGAUGGAAAUAAACUAGAUUUUAAUUCUCAAAUGGCUUUUCCUCUUGGUUUUGCCUAUGGUCUUCAAGCUCCAACUGAUGUCAAACUUGAUGCUACUUUCGGAGUCUGCUUCCAGACUCAAUUAGCAAUUAACGAUUAGGUUGUUGGCACAAUAGAUAAUCUUAAAGAAGUGCCUGCAACUGGAGAAUGGUUCACAGCAACCAUUUACAAUGGUAUUGAACUCUUGCAACUUUUCCAAGGCCAAUUCGAGCAUUGCGAUUCAACUCAAUUCAUCGAUAAUGUCACCCGUAUAGUAAAUAUUGAUAUUGCUGCGCUGAGUGACCUUCUUAUGACUACUAUUCUAGACAUUAUUUUAAAGCCAGAGGAAGGAUCCGCUAAAGCUAUGUUACUUCUUAUGCAAGAACUUAAGAAUACCCCACCCAAUUAUUUCUUAGCUGGAUAUCACUUCGCCAAAUCAUACAAAAAUAUCCUUCCACACACAUUAAAUGCUUGA